AUGGACAGCUUCAUUGCAGACCUCACAUCCGAUAUCUCUCGCAAACUCGCGCGUUUCAUCGCCCUCACAAGUGAGCGGGUAGAAAUCAAAUCGCAAAUAUAUGCCAUCGAGGAAGGCUUGGCUCCAAUACUCAAAUACAACAACGAGCUCGCGGAACAAGACCAUAUUCUGAAAGCUGAACGCGACUUUCUUGAUGCCGAAUACGAUCGCAUCCACGACUGUCUCGAGAGUGCCAAUAACGCGCGAGAGCCGCACGUCAAACUCGCGCUGGAGCAGGCCGUACAAGGAAUUGAAGAGGACCAUGAGCGGCUAAAUGCCGAAGGAGAGGCAUUUAGGAAAGAAGUGCAAGUCGUACUGGCGAUGGGAACCAAGUUGAGUGCUUCAAUGCGGGAGCAGUCGGCGAAAUUCGAUAUAAUGGCGGACCAAUGGCUCAGUGCUGCGAAUGAUCUCGCGCAGACAAUACACGUGCUUGACGAUGCGAAGCGGAUCGCGGUUCGAGACCUUCUGAUUGAACGGGGAGAACGUCCAGCGGCGGACGAGUUCUGGAAACUCUGCGGCGAGCACCAUCACUGCAAGGACUGCAAACAUUGA